AUGCGUUCGUUCUAUACACCUCCCACGACAGCCCAUGCGUCACCGCACUCGCCGCCCAUAGUCGACGAGCUCAUUAGUAAAUAUUCCUCGUCCAUGACGCACAGCGCAAGCUACCGCUCUACAAAGUCGCUCGGCAGAAGUCGCAAUCUCGUCCAGCGCUGCAUCGAUCAUAUCUGUCUACAAUAUUAUCGAUAUGAGGUGACAUUUGGUGUCUACGUCAUGACUCCUGGAGAAAAAUGUGUCGCAAACGCCUUUGUUUUGGUGUUCCUGUCUCUGUUGAUAUGGGCUUCUCUCCUUUACUUUCCACAGCUGCUUUUCCGAAAGAUAGGACGUAUGGUCUGGCUUCUCACAGGUCACAGCGAAUAUGACCAGUCUUAUAUCAGUCCGGCAACAGCAUCAGCCAUUCCGACAAGUUUUAUGGCAUCGUAA